AUGGAGACGAGCAAAUCCGUGCAGUUGGUACACCUUGAUCACCGAAUCCAACGGAAAGGCCAAAGUAGCCCAGCAAAUUCAAAAUUCACUGAUUGCAGAAUUGUAAUUCGUCAUUCAUUAGAUUCAUUCAACUUUGACAGCAAAAUGAGUUUAGCUACCAAGAUUUUCAAUCUUAUAAAAGGCAUCUUGACCACCGAAGAUGAUGUUCACACCAUAGUGAAGCAUCUAAUUUCAGAUGAAAUAGGAGUGACAAAGCUCUCAGAAUUGGCUGAAGUGACACCUGAUGUUCUGCCACAGACAGUUAAACUGUCCUGGAUUAAAAGAAAGCAGCUAUUAGAAGCAUUUGCUAAAUGUGCCUCAGGAGAAUCAUUUGGUUCCGCAGAAUCGUUAGAUGCACAAUCUACAUCCUCGGCUGGUGCUUCAAACAAUCCAAACCCAUUUAAGAGCACAACUACGGCAUCACAUUUUGAGAAUGUCACUCACACAACAUCAGCAGUACUGCGAAGUGUUGAGAAUGUUACAGCAGAUCCUGCUGAAUUUACAUUCACGGUGCCUUGGGGGCAAAUGCCUAAAGAAACCAUGACAAAAUUAAAUAAUGCCAAAGAAAAGAAAGAGAAGGCUAAUCCUGCAGAUGUAGAGGCGUUAAAGCUUGCUAUUGCUAAGAAGCUUGUAAGUGCUUAUCAAAGUCACAAGGAAGUGUAUCCAGGCCAACAAAAACAUCCUGGAAGGAAGAUUUAUGAAUCAGUUACAUCUCAGGUUGAAACAAAAUUUGGUAAUUGUGUUAAAACAAUAAUUAAAGGUGUUGCUAUUGGGAGUAAUAGAUCAAACUUCUUUCGGGCAUUUGAGAGCUGCAUAGAAAAUCUAAUGAAAGCAAGCAACACAGGCCUGAAAAAAUCAAAAGUUAUGAAGGGGAAGAACUUAGUAGGGGUGGAUCCAGAUGCAUAUGACCCAGUAAUGACAAAAGAUUCGAGAGAAGUACAGGAAGGCAUUAAGGAACAUCUGAAGAAUUUAAGAGAUCUAGGGACUGAUGUAGAUAACUGGCCAGAAAUAGUAAAUAAUUUGAGGGAAACUUACGAAUUGCAGAGAACAGACAUUCUUCUCGCAACAUCAGAAGUUCUUGGUGGUGGUGCUGGCAGAAGUAGUGAGGAUGAUGACGACCUGUUAAAUGAGAAAGCAUUUGAGAAACUAAAAAGAGAAUGGCCUUUCCUGUUUGAAAUGGUUGGCCUGGAGCUUCACCACAACACUCUAACAAAAAGAGAAUUGGGUGUGAAGAUAAAAUCAUUUGUUGAGGAACAUUUGCGUUUCACACUAUAUUUUUUGACUUCAUCCUCUAACUGUAAUGUUGAGAAUGUAAUACAAUGUUUACUUUUGAAGAAAAGACCGGAUAUCCUUGAUCCAGAAAGAAAGUUUCUCUUAAUGCUGAAUAUGCUUGCAAAUCACUUCAGGGAGAAUUUUUCUUCACUCUACAUACCAGCUGAGAAAACAAGUGAUCCAUCAUCAUUUCCAUUUGGCAUACUGGAGGAGAAAAAAGACCCCUGCAUAGUAGCCCUAGACAAUGACAUUUAUGCUGCCCAGAAGUACUAUGUAUGUGCUGACCAAGUGGCUUUGAUUGAGGCUGAAAACCCCAAAGACGCAUUUGUGGCAAUGAUACAGAUGUGCUUCGUGUUUGAUUUGGAGUACCCACCUGAGCUACCUCUCACGAUGGAGUUUAUUGAGCGGUACGUUCUUGACAUGGGGAUGGUGGACAGCAAAAUUAAGAAGAAAGGACGGCAAAUUGUUGUGUUAUCUGAAAAUGUAAAAAAACUUAUUACUAAAUAUGAAGAUUUCUUAGACGAGAUGAAGAAACAAGGCUUAGAUGAUCACUAG